AUGUCUUCCACUACCGCUGCUACCUCCGCUGAGGAGAUUCACAGCCUGUACGAUACCAUCCUCAUCCUCGAUUUUGGAUCUCAGUACUCUCACUUGAUCACUCGAAGAUGUCGUGAAUUAAAUGUGUACUGUGAAAUGUUGCCUUGUACGCAGAAGAUCAACGAGUUGAGCUGGAAACCUGCAGGUGUGAUACUCUCCGGUUCCCCUUACUCAGUCUACGCUCCCGAUGCCCCUCACGUCGACCCCGCAGUAUUCGAACUCGGCGUACCCAUCCUCGGUAUCUGUUAUGGACUCCAGGAGAUUGCUCGAACCCACGGCGGAAAUGUUGAUGCGCACACUCAUAGGGAGUACGGGUAUGCCAAGAUCAAAGUUGAGAAGACGGGCAACAAGCAGCAGGAUGCGUUGUUUGAGGGUAUUGAAAUGGAGGAAGAUGGAGGGCUGCAGGUGUGGAUGUCCCACGGCGAUCAGCUCACCUCACUCCCACCCGACUUCUCCGUCGUAGCUUCCACCCCAACUUCACCUUGGACAGCUAUUGCCCACAACUCCAAACCAGUCUACGGUGUCCAAUUCCACCCUGAAGUAUCUCACUCUCCUAAAGGAAAAGAAGUGAUCGGUGCAUUCGUCAAGAACGUCUGUGGUAUCAAGGGAGGAUGGUCGAUGGACAGUUUUAUCCCCAAGGAAAUCGCUAGAAUCAGACAGAUUUGCGGUGAGAAGGGACAAGUGAUUGGUGCUGUCUCUGGAGGUGUCGAUUCGACGGUCGCGGCCAAGCUGAUGCAUGAGGCUAUUGGUGAUCGAUUCCACGCCAUCAUGGUUGACAACGGAGUCCUACGAAAAGACGAAGCUGCCAAAGUCCACAAGAUGUUGACCGUUGACCUGGGAGUCAACUUGACUGUUGUCGACGCUUCCGAGUUAUUCUUAUCUCGAUUGAAGGGUGUAGAAGACCCAGAGAAAAAGAGGAAGAUUAUUGGAAACACCUUCAUCGAAGUGUUCGAGGAGGAAGCCGCCAAGAUCGAAGCUGCUGCUGAGAAAGAGGUAGAAGAGAAAGGUGGAGAUGCUAAAGGUAAAAUCGAAUGGUUGUUGCAAGGCACCCUCUACCCAGAUGUUAUCGAAAGUAUAUCGUUCAAAGGUCCUUCGGCCACUAUCAAGACUCACCAUAACGUCGGUGGAUUGUUGGAGGACAUGAAGUUGAAAUUGAUUGAACCCCUCAGAGAGUUGUUCAAAGACGAAGUACGAGCGCUUGGUCGACUACUCAACAUUCCCGCCCACUUGGUCGGCCGACACCCCUUCCCUGGACCUGGACUCGCCAUCCGAAUUUUAGGAGAAGUCACAAGGGAACAAAUCAAGAUCCUCCAACACGCCGAUGAUAUUUACAUCGAGGAAGUUCGAGCUGCAGGAUUAUACGAUCAAAUCUCCCAAGCUUUCGUUGCUCUAUUGCCUGUCAAAGCCGUUGGUGUUGCCGGUGACGCGAGAACCUAUGAUCAGGUGGUAGCGCUCCGAGCGGUGUCUACUGAGGACUUCAUGACUGCCGAUUGGUUCGUCUUCCCUCCUCAGGUAUUGAAGAAGAUCUCCUCGAGAAUUACCAACGAGGUCAAGGGUGUUAACAGAGUUGUAUACGAUAUAACCUCUAAGCCACCUGGAACGUGA